UGAGGGACAUUGGGUGAAGAUUAUGGGAUCGAGUUGUUGAUUUUACAAGUGUAAAAUGGUUGUGGCUGUACUCUUGAGAUGGCCGGUGUGUCAGGCGGCAGGACGAUCGGUCGUCCGGUGCAAACGACAUUACUGCAAGCUCCAGCCGUCUGCUGUUCUUUCGGAGCGUCUGCGUGUGUUUGAGUCUCUUAGAGAGAGACAGGAGAGGAGCAGAGCCAGGGAGACGGGGGGACGGGGCGGGGGUCUGACCAUCCGACUGUCCGACGGUAAGACGGUCAAAGGGUCAGCAGGGGUCACGACCCCACUCCUCAUCGCCCGUAACACACAUGUUAAAGGAGCAGUGGUGAGCAGAGUGAAUGGAGAGCUGUGGGAACUGGGGCGCCCUCUAGUGGAGGACUGUGAGCUGCAGCUGCUGGGAUUUGACUCUUUGGAGGGGAGGCAGGCAGUGUGGCGGACAGGUGCGUGUGUGUUGAGCAGUGUGAUGGAGUCUGUGUUUGGAGUUCAGGUGUGUCGGGAAGGCGUGUCAGACACAGGACUGUACUGUGAUUACCAACCUGACAACAGGUCUGUGUCUCUGGAGGAGGUAGAGGAGAGGUGUAAGGAGGUAACGUCUCAGAAGAUCACUAUCACAAGAUUGGAGCUGAGUCUACAGGAAGUCAGGGAGCUAUUUCAGGACAGCGCUUUGAGGCUGCAGCUGGCUGAGGAGCUGAUGACUGGACCAACGCUGAGUGUCUACAGAUUGGGGGACAGCAUAGGGGUGUGUACCGGACCCCUCCUCCCUCCCGCCGCUCAACUCAAAAGCUUUAAGAUGCUGCAGGUGUCUCCAGUGACUCUGUCCAGUGUGGAGGAGGUGUCAGAUGUGACGCGCAUGAUAGGUGUGUCAUUCCCAGGAGAGAGGGAGAGGGAGGAGUGGGAGAGAGAGCAGGAGGAGGCGAGGAGGAGAGACCACAGACGCAUCGGGAAGGAUCAAGAAUUGUUCUUCUUUAAUGAUGUUAGCCCUGGCAGCUGCUUCUUCUUCCCUAAAGGAGCCCAUAUCUACAACACACUCACAGACUUUAUAAAGAGCGAGUACCGGAGGCGUGGCUUCAGCGAGGUCGUGACGCCGACCCUGUUCAGCACGUCACUAUGGGAACGCUCCGGUCACUGGGAGCACUACAGCGAGAACAUGUUCACGGUGACCUGUGACCCCCACACCUUUGCUCUCAAACCUAUGAACUGCCCCGCCCACUGCGUGAUGUACGAACAGCGGGUGCGGUCGUGGCGUGAGCUGCCGAUCCGAUGGGCCGAUUUCGGUGCGCUUCACCGUAACGAACACUCGGGGGCGCUGGGCGGACUCACACGCGUCCGCCGCUUCUGUCAGGACGACGCCCACAUUUUCUGCACACCUGAUCAGCUGGAGGCUGAGAUUACGGCUUGUUUGGAGUUUGUGAGGAGUGUGUAUCGCGUGUUCGGCUUUUCUUUCCACUGUCUGCUCUCCACUCGUCCCACCCCCUGCCUGGGAGAGCCCGCCCUCUGGGAUACAGCAGAGCAGCAGUUGGAGAGUAGUUUGAGGCACUUUGGGGAGCGUUGGCAAUUGAACCCUGGUGACGGGGCCUUUUAUGGACCUAAAAUCGACAUUCAGAUCAGAGACGCGAUUGGUCGACAGCACCAGUGCGCCACCAUCCAGUUAGAUUUUCAGCUGCCAAUCAGAUUCAACCUGCAGUAUGUGGGAGUGAAUGGAGAGAUGUGUAGGCCUGUUAUGAUACACAGGGCUGUACUGGGAUCACUGGAGAGAAUGAUUGCUAUACUUGCUGAAAACUUUGGGGGAAAAUGGCCUCUGUGGCUGUCCCCAGUGCAGGUCAUGGUGUUGCCUAUAGGGGGCGAUCAUGAACAGUAUGCAGUGCAGGUGGUACAGAAACUAAAGGAAGCCGGCUUCAUGGCAGAUGUUGAUACUGACCAUGGUGCCACCUUAAAUAAGAAGAUCCGUUCAGCACAGCUGGCCCAAUAUAAUUAUAUAUUUGUUGUUGGAGAGAAGGAGCGAGUGAGUGGAACGGUCAGUGUACGGACGAGAGGAGGGAAGCAACUGGGUCAAAGGUCACUGGAGGAUGUGAUGUCAUCACUGACACUUCUCAGAGACAGCCGCAGCAAUCAGGAUGAAUUUUAAGCACACAAACAUUCACACACACACACACACACGCACAUUUACAAGCAAGCCCAAAGAAAUUACAGUUAGAGGCAGCAAUCAGCACAAAUUGUAAACACACACAUUUACAUCCACAGAUAAAAAGGCCUUCAGCAGCUGCUGUAAUCAAGGCAAAUUCUGAACGAACAAACACACA